GUAUAAGCCAACAUGGACACAUUGUUGGACUCUUAGGAAUGUUUCUUUGAUUUUUGUUUAGAUUUUAGAAGAUCGUUGUUGGUAAUCGAUGGUUUAGUGUUGAUUGUGGUUUUAAAUGCUGAAUCGCUGAAUCUACUUAGUGACGUUGUCCGUUGCCGAGUCAUGUCCCUGCCUCAUCUGCACAAUUGUUGCCAUUACGUCUCCUUGGCAACCGGAACAUGGAUCAUUGGUUGGUGGAACAUCAUCUACUGCUUUUUGGUUUUACUUGUUAACGGAAUAUUUUUAUCGAACCUUAACGUAGAAGAAGAAGGAGAGCGAGUCCAUGCCAUACACAUGCUAGUAAUGACUAUGGUUGUAUCUACAAUCCAACUGGCUUUCACUGGGCUGUUGCUUGUAGGAACUUACAAGGGCCAUCGAACGCUAAUAUUUUGCUGGACUGUGGCAACUGCUGUUUUAACCCUAAUAAGUAUCAUAUUGUACAGCAUGAUGAUGUCUUCUAUGUUCUACAAAGAAGAACUGUUAUUUGCCAUUUUAUCAGUUGCAAAUAUUUAUUGUAUACUGGUUGUCAUCAGCUACUACAGAGAUGUCAAUACAACAUGUUAAAAUGUUACCUUUGAAGUUAAAAAUAGAGUAUGUGUACUAAU